GCUACAGGGCACUUUCGAAAAGCGGAACUUGUGUGAAACUAUUCGUGUGGAGUAGUUUACAUGACCGUCUGGUCUAGCUCUACCAGUGGUGGUGGUUGUGGUGGUGUUUCAGUAGUGUAAACACAUGAUGGUUUUGAACCCAUUUCCUUGAAUCCACCAGUAGCCGACACCAGCACCACGGCAAAGUUGAUCGAGAUUUUUCUAAUCCGUAUGAAUGUUAGCCUGAGAUAAUGGGGGACAGGGAAAUAGUUGGCCCUAACACUCGUCAAAGACGGGCGACUUUCUCCAACACAAGACGCGGCUCAUUGAAAACCACAGAUGAAUUUAACGGAGAACUGAGUAAGAAAACCGGGAGAACAGAGAAAGUGAAUCGUAAGGCACAGGCAUCCCAUACGAUUGAAAAUGAAAAGAGUGCAAGGAAAAGAAGUGGGGACAGAUUGAGCUGUCACAAGGUUCAGGAGUCUCUGCUGAGUUCCGCUAGUGAAUUCAAUAACUACAGGGGCAUUCUCAACUGGUGUGUUGUCAUGUUGGUGUUGAGCAACGCACGCCUCUUCCUGGAAAACCUCCUGAGGUAUGGGAUCUUGGCGGACCCUUUCCCGAUUCUCUCCCUGUUCCUGAAGGACCCCUAUAGCUGGCCAGCAGCAUGCCUGGUUAUCGUCUGCAACGUGUUCAUCAUUGUGGCCCUUUACGUGGAGAGACAGCUGGCGAUGGGUUCCAUCAGCGAGCAGUUUGGGAUGUUUAUUCAUUUCCUCAACCUGUCAGUCAUCCUGUGUUUUCCCAUGGCAACAGUUCUGCACUUGCCCUCCAUUACUCCAGUGGGUGGAGCCUUUGCCCUGGGUGUGUACACCAUCCUGCUCCUGAAACUCUACUCCUACAAGGACGUGAACAAGUGGUGUCGAGAGAGGAGACAGGCCAAAGCACGCACUCUCUCCCGGUCACUCUCAUGUCCGUCCUCCCCGACGGUGGGCAGCUCGUCCCAGGCUCAACACGUCUCUUACCCUGGCAACCUCUCCCUGCGAGACCUGUAUUAUUUUGUGUUUGCACCGACACUCUGCUACGAGCUGAACUUCCCUCGAUCUCCACGGAUUCGGAUGGGCUUUCUGCUGCGCAGGCUGUUUGAGAUGCUCCUGCUCACACAGCUGUUGGUUGGUUUAAUACAACAGUGGAUGGUUCCGGUUAUUCAGAGUUCAAUGAAACCAUUGCAGGAAAUGGAUUUUUCUAGAAUGGUGGAACGUCUUCUGAGACUUGCAGUUCCCAACCAUCUGAUCUGGCUCAUCUUCUUCUACUGGUUCUUUCACUCCUCGAUGAACUUCAUGGCGGAGGUGCUGCAGUUCGGGGAUAGGGAGUUCUACAGGGACUGGUGGAAUUCUGAGACGGUCACAUAUUUUUGGCAAAACUGGAAUAUUCCCGUCCAUAAAUGGUGUCUUCGACACUUCUACAAGCCCUUGCUACGGAAAGGUGCCAGCAAAUGGGCCAGCCAGUCUGCCGUCUUCUUCCUCUCUGCCUUCUUUCAUGAGUACCUGGUGAGUGUGCCUCUGAGGAUGUUUCGACUAUGGGCCUUCAUGGGCAUGAUGGCACAGCUUCCGUUGGCUUUUUUUGUGGGACGGUUUCUGAGGGGCAACUAUGGAAACGCUGCCGUCUGGAUGUCGCUCAUCAUUGGCCAGCCGUUUGCAGUCCUCAUGUACGUGCACGACUACUAUGUUCUUCACUAUGAAGACCUACCACCCACCACUGCACAUUAGAGGUCUCACCUUACCUGCCACGCAGUGCAGGAAACACCCGGACACACUGUCUGGGUUACACAUAAGUGCAAUUUUGCUGUGUGCACUGUGUGCUGUGGCACAAUAGGAAUGGGAGUUUCCCAGUGGCAAACAUUUCAGUGACUGAAACUGGAUUAAACUCACACAUCCAAGUUCUUUUUGUCCUGGGAGCAGGAUCCAAGUAACAUCAAAGCUUAAGAAGCACAAAUCAGAAAGCACCCUCCACUUCCUCCAGACUGGUCGGCACAAGACCACCGCAGCCCAUCCGUCCCUUUGCCAGUACUUUCCCGUCCUUUACCAGUACUGCUAUUACUUUGAAGCUUUUAUGAAUCUGGGCAGCUAUUUUCAAUCUUUUUAUCACAUCCAUUCCAUUUGCCAAUUGGGGGGGGGGGUGUAUUCACAUGCUCCAGAAAAAGUUGGGAGCAUGUUUUUCACGUUUGUGUGAAGGAAAGUUAAUACAUAAUUUUGGGUGUAAAUUGUGAGUCCAUCAUGUUGUACACAAUUGUAUCAACAAUACAUUUUCUACUUUACUGUGCUACACUGUAAGUUUGAAUGUGAGAUUUUAAGUCCAGGCAUUGAUUUUAAUAUUUUAAA